AUGUCGACCAGCGAGUCCCAAUCAGCCGCGACCCCGCGGACCAAGAUUUGCGUCUACUGCGGUGCUCAUAGGGGAGUCAAUGAGAAGCACCUGGAGGCCGCGCGCUCGCUAGCUCGGGCCAUGGCGGCCAACAAUAUCCAGUUGGUCUAUGGCGGUGGGACGGUCGGCAUCAUGGGUGAGCUGGCCAAGACACUGGUCUCCCUUGCCGGUCCCGACUCAGUGCACGGCAUCAUCCCCGAGCCGCUCGUCCGGUACGAGCGCGACCUGGCAAAGACCAACAUGAACGGCGAGUGCAGCAGCAGCAGCAAGACCGAGGACAAGGUUGUUCUUCCGGAGGAGUCGGUAUUUGGCCGUACGACCGUGGUCAAGGACAUGCACACGCGCAAGCGCAUGAUGGCGCAGGAAGUGAUCGAGGGCGGUCCCGGCAGCGGUUUCAUUGCGCUGAGCGGCGGUUAUGGUACUGUAGAGGAGCUGUUUGAGACGGCCACUUGGAACCAGCUGGGCAUUCACAGCAAGGGGAUCGUGCUGUUCAACGUCGACGGAUUCUACGACGGCAUUUUGUCGUGGAUCAACAAGAGUGUUGAGGAGGGUUUCAUCAGCCAAGCCAAUAAGAAGAUUUUGGUCGAGGCUAAAACGGCUGAGGAGGCUAUCCAGGCGCUGAGGGAUUACAAGACGUCAGAAGGCGUGUUGAAGCUUACAUGGGGCAAGGAAUAG